AUAACGAUUGUGAACCUUAGUGCAGCAUUGCCCGUCAAUUUUGUGCGUUUCGAUUCGGGGGAAAAGCAAAUUUAAUCUGUAAAAUAAGCCUAAAUCCGCGUUCCUUUUAAAUAAAAAAUCAUGAGCGCCUUCCCAGGAACGUUCGCGUUUGACGAAUAUGGUCGCCCUUUCAUCAUUUUGCGCGACCAGGAGCAGCAAAAGCGCAUCACAGGCACAGAUGCCAUUAAGACGCACAUUAUGGCAGCAAGGCAGAUUGCCUCGACGCUGAAGACAUCGCUGGGUCCCAAAGGUCUGGACAAGAUUAUGGUCAGCUCCGAUGGCGAUGUUACUGUGACCAAUGAUGGUGCCACCAUUAUGAAGCUAAUGGAGGUGGAUCAUGAGAUUGCCAAAUUGAUGGUGCAACUGUCGCAGUCGCAGGACGAUGAAAUUGGCGAUGGCACCACUGGUGUGGUUGUUCUGGCUGGCGCUCUGCUGGAGCAGGCCGAGGGCUUGAUCGAUCGCGGCAUUCAUCCAAUUCGUAUUGCCGAUGGCUUUGAGCUGGCCGCUCAGUGUGCCAUUAAGCAGCUGGAUGCAAUUGCUGAACCUUUCCCUGUGGAUCCCAAUAACAAGGAGCCACUCAUUCAGAUCGCAAUGACCACGCUGGGCAGCAAGAUUGUGAAUAAAUGUCAUCGUCAGAUGGCUGAAAUGGCUGUCGAUGCUGUGCUCAAUGUGGCCGAUAUUGAGAAGAAGGAUGUGAACUUUGAGCUUAUCAAAAUUGAGACUAAGGUGGGCGGACGCAUGGAGGACUCUAUGCUGGUCAAGGGCGUCAUUGUGGACAAGACCUUGAGCCAUUCGCAAAUGCCCAAGGAGCUGAAAAAUGUCAAGCUGGCCAUACUCACCUGCCCCUUCGAGCCACCGAAGCCAAAGACAAAGCAUAAGUUGGAUGUUACCUCUGCGGAGGAUUACCGAGCACUGCGCGACUACGAGCAGGAGAAAUUUAAGCAGAUGGUCAAGCAGGUCAAGGAUGCCGGCGCCACUUUGGCCAUUUGUCAGUGGGGCUUCGAUGAUGAGGCCAAUCACUUGCUGUUGCAGCAGGAACUACCCGCCGUACGCUGGGUAGGUGGUCCAGAGAUUGAGCUGAUUGCUAUUGCAACCGGCGGACGCAUUGUGCCACGCUUCGAGGAGCUGACACCCGAGAAACUCGGCUCCGCUGGACUGGUGCGUGAGAUGGCCUUUGGUACCUCCAAGGACAAGAUGCUGGUCAUUGAGGAGUGCAAGAACUCCAAGGCUGUCACAAUUUUCUUGCGCGGAGGCAACGCCAUGAUCAUUGCUGAGGCCAAGCGCUCCAUACAUGAUGCCAUUUGUGUGGUUCGUUCGCUCGUCAAGGAUUCGCGUAUUGUUUAUGGUGGUGGCGCUGCUGAGAUUAGCUGCUCCCUGGCCGUGGCCAAGGAAGCUGAUCAGUUGUCCACAUUGGAGCAAUAUGCAUUCCGUGCCUUUUCCGUUGCCCUGGAAAGCAUACCCUUGGCUCUGGCCGAGAAUAGUGGACUGCACCCGGUCGAGACACUCUCGGAGCUGAAGGCCAGCCAGGUGGCCGAGAACAGGCCCAGCUUGGGUGUCGACUGCAUGCUGACUGGCGAUUCGGAUAUGAAGAAUCACAAUGUGGUCGAAUCGUUGCACUCGAAGAAGCAACAGAUUCUGCUCUCCACACAGCUGGUCAAGAUGAUACUCAAGAUCGAUGACGUGCGCUCCAACAGCAGCGGCAUGUAAUGUGGAACAAAUCGUCUACACCCACACACACCCAUUUAGUUCUCACACACACACACUCGCGCAUGCACCACUUCGCUAUGCUCUGCUUCAUAAUACAUAUAUGAUUUAUAUAUAUAUAAAUAUUUGUAUAACUCUGUA